ACAACCUUCUGCUGUACCUUUAGAUUAGGUUUACUUUCUGGUUACAAAACAGCUGCUGUAUAUAAAAAAACGAAGAAAAAUUGUGGGGAGCUGAACGUGGUGGCGAAUGGGACUGGAAAGGUUCUGCGGAGCGGACAGUUCGGAUCCGUUUUGGGAUUGGAACAGUACGUGGAACACGUCUACUCCAGACCUAACCCAGUGUUUCCAAAAUACCAUCCUGGUGUGGGUGCCAUGCUUUUACCUGUGGAUGUGUGCCCCCUUCUACCUCCUCUACCUCCGCAGUCAUGACAGUGGCUACAUAUGUAUGAGUCACCUUAACAAAGCAAAAACUGUGGUAGGUUUUCUAUUGUGGGUCGUCUGUUGGUCAGAUGUUUUCUAUUCUUUCUGGGAAAGGAAUCACAGUAGCAGCUCCACUGCACCCGUCCACCUCGUCAGUCCUACCUUACUUGGCCUCACAAUGCUGCUGGCCACCUUCAUAAUUCAAUAUGAACGACUAAAAGGGGUGCAAUCCUGUGGAGUUCUUCUGAUCUUCUGGCUGUUCGCUCUGCUGUGUGCCACGGUCUCCUUUAGGUCAAAGAUCCUCCAGGCGCUGAAUGAGCCAGAGACUGUGUGCAUAUGGAAGUACAUCACCUUCUACAUUUACUAUGCUUUUCUUCUGGUCGCUCUGGUUCUCUCCUGCCUGACUGACCAACCACCGCUUUUCUCCCAAGCUACCAAGGAAUUGAAUCCUUGUCCUGAGCCUGGAGCUUCUUUCCUCUCUAGGAUAACCUUCUGGUGGAUCACAGGGAUGAUGAUGGUUGGAUACAGACGGCCUCUGGAAGAGAAAGAUCUUUGGUCUUUAAACCCUGAUGACUGCUCUCACAGAGUGGUACCACAGCUGGUGCAUCGCUGGAACUCAGAGUGCCAAAAAGUCAAGAGAACUGACCAGCAAAUGGUGUACUCCCCUAAACGGGCUCCACAUGGUGAGAGCAGAGAGGGCCAACCUGUGGAAGAGUCUGAAAUCCUGCUCCUAAAAUCUCCCAGGAAAACAAAAGAGCCUUCGUUGCUUUGGGCUUUGUGCUUGACCUUUGGACCCUACUUCCUCAUCUCCUGCCUCUAUAAAAUAAUCCAGGACAUUCUCAUGUUUGUUGGUCCUGAGAUCCUUAGACUGCUUAUACACUUUGUGAAUGACUCCAGAGCCCCCUCCUGGCAGGGCUAUUUUUACACAGCUUUACUCUUCAUAUGCACCUGUGUGCAGUCGCUGAUUCUUCAGAGGUACUUUCAUGUCUGCUUUGUCUCAGGCAUGCGUCUGCGUACCGCCAUCAUCGGAGCUGUCUACAGGAAGGCCUUGGUCAUAAGCAACGCAGCACGCCGCACAUCAACUGUGGGAGAAAUUGUCAAUCUGAUGUCUGUGGAUGCUCAGCGCUUCAUGGAUCUGGUCACAUACAUCAAUAUGGUUUGGUCUGCCCCUCUGCAGGUGGUGCUAGCCCUCUAUUUUCUGUGGCAGAACUUGGGUCCAUCUGUCCUAGCAGGAGUAGCUGUGAUGGUUCUGAUGGUUCCGAUUAAUGCUGUGAUUGCCAUGAAGACUAAAACCUACCAGGUGGCUCAGAUGAAAAGCAAAGACAGUCGCAUUAAGCUGAUGAAUGAGAUGCUGAAUGGCAUAAAGGUGCUAAAACUCUACGCAUGGGAGCUGGCCUUCAAAGAAAAGGUGUCAGAAAUCCGUGAGAGUGAGCUGCGUGUGCUGAAGAAGACAGCUUACCUGGGAGCCAUUUCCACCUUCACCUGGGUCUGUGCUCCCUUUCUGGUUGCCCUGUCUACUUUUGCAGUGUAUGUGCUGAUUGACGAAAGGAAUGUGCUCGAUGCUCAGAAGGCCUUUGUGUCGCUUGCACUUUUCAAUAUUCUGCGCUUUCCUCUCAACAUGCUGCCAAUGGUCAUAAGUAGCAUUGUACAGGUCAGUGUGUCUCUGAAGAGGCUAAGAGUAUUUUUGUCACAUGAGGAGCUGCAAGAAGACAGUGUGGAGCACAAAACAAUGGCUGCCUCCCCACACAGCAUCUCUAUAGUAGAUGGAAUCUUCAGGUGGUCCAGAGCUGAAUCACCAACACUCAAGAGGUUGAAUGUGUGCAUCCCAGAAGGCUCAUUGGUAGCAGUGGUGGGACACGUUGGCUCAGGAAAGUCCUCUCUGCUCUCUGCCCUCCUGGGGGAGAUGGACAAAGUUGAAGGAUCUGUGGUUGUGAAGGGUUCCGUGGCCUACGUUCCACAGCAGGCCUGGAUCCAGAACUCCACACUGAAAGAAAACAUCAUUUUUGGUCAGAAGAGGAGAGAAGACUGGUACAACCAUGUGGUGGAAGUGUGUGCUCUCCAGCCAGACCUGGAGAUUCUCCCUGCAGGGGAUGAGACAGAGAUUGGAGAGAAGGGAGUGAAUCUGUCUGGUGGCCAGAAGCAACGAGUGAGCCUGGCCAGGGCAGUGUAUUGUGACCGUGCUGUAUACUUGCUGGAUGACCCACUGUCUGCUGUUGAUGCUCAUGUUGGAAAGCACAUCUUUGAUUAUGUCAUUGGCCCACAGGGCAUACUGAGGGACAAGACUCGUGUCCUGGUGACUCAUGGAUUGAGCUUCCUACCACAAACCGAUCUGAUCCUGGUCAUGGUAGACGGGGAGAUCACAGAAGUAGGCUCCUACCAACAGCUUUUAGUCCAGGAGGGAGCCUUUGCCGAGUUCCUGCGAACGUAUGCCACUGUUGAUCAAAAUGAAGAUGGUGAUUUAAAAACUGCGCCAAAGAAUGGAUCCAGAGCAGUAGAAAAUGGUGAUCUCCCUGCUCUUAUUGGUGAGCCGGCUGUUAAGAAUGAAACCCAAAAGCCCCAUAAGACUGAUGCCAGAGAACUGAACAAGACCAAGAACCCUGAGGUGGGGAAGCUGACUGAAGCUGACAAGGCCAGUACUGGGCGGGUGAAGCUGUCUGUAUUUUGGGCCUAUCUGAAAGCCAUCGGUGUACUUCUGUCCUGCAUCAGUCUGCUGCUGUUCUUCACCCAUCACCUGGUCUCCCUGUUCUCCAACUAUUGGCUUAGCCUGUGGACCGAUGACCUGGUAGUUAAUGGCACUCAGCCUGACAGACUUAGGAGACUUGCUGUGUACGGUGGCUUUGGCCUGACCCAAGGUGUAGCAGUCUUUGGUUAUUCCCUCUCCAUGUCCAUUGGGGGCAUCAUGGCAUCCCGGUACCUCCACCAGUCUUUACUACAUGAUGUCCUGCGCUCACCCAUGUCCUUCUUUGAGAAAACUCCAAGUGGUAACCUGGUUAACCGCUUUGCCAAGGAGAUGGACACCAUUGAUUCUGUGAUCCCAAGCAUUAUUAAAAUGUUCAUGGGAUCCUUGUUCAACGUGUUGGGUUCCUGUAUCAUUAUCCUGUUUGCCACACCACUUGUGGCUAUCAUCAUUCCUUUUCUCGGGUUGCUCUACUUUUUUGUGCAGAGGUUUUAUGUGGCAACUUCUCGCCAGCUGAAGCGUCUGGAGUCUGUCAGCCGUUCACCUAUCUACACCCACUUUAACGAAACAUUGUUGGGCACCUCUGUCAUUCGAGCUUUUGGUGAGCAGGAGCGAUUCAUCCAUGAGAGUGACCAGCGAGUAGACCACAACCAGAAGGCCUACUACCCCAGCAUAGUAGCUAACAGGUGGCUGGCAAUUCGCCUGGAGUUUGUAGGAAGCUGCAUUGUUUCAUUUGCUGCCCUGUUUGCUGUUAUAGCCAGAGAUAGCCUGAGCCCAGGCAUCAUGGGACUUUCCAUCUCCUACGCCCUGCAGCUGACUGCUUCAUUGACGUGGCUCGUGAGAAUGUCUUCUGAUGUAGAGACAAAUAUAAUAGCUGUAGAGAAGGUGAAAGAAUACUGCAACACAGGGAAAGAGGCAGAGUGGCAACAUGAGUCUCCCUCCAUUCUCCCUGGCUGGCCCACUCAGGGCAGUAUAGACAUUCGAGGCUUUGGUCUGCGCUAUCGCCAUGACUUGGACCUGGCCAUUCGCAAUAUCACCAUUGCUAUUAAUGGAGGAGAGAAGAUAGGGAUUGUGGGGAGGACUGGUGCUGGGAAGUCAUCUCUAACACUGGGCCUGUUCCGGAUCAUUGAGGCAGCAGAGGGCCACAUCUUCAUUGACGGAGUGGACAUUGCUAAGCUAGGCCUCCAUGAGCUGCGCUCCAGAAUCACAAUCAUCCCACAGGACCCAGUGCUGUUUUCCGGAUCUUUGAGAAUGAAUCUGGAUCCCUUUGACUCCUAUUCUGAUGAGGAAAUAUGGAGGGCUUUGGAGUUUUCCCAUCUCAAGAACUUUGUCUCUAGCCUACCCAACAAACUCAGCCAUGAGUGUAGUGAAGGAGGAGAAAACCUUAGUGUGGGCCAGAGACAGCUGCUGUGUCUUGCCAGAGCUCUGCUUAGGAAGACUAAAGUCCUGGUGUUGGAUGAGGCCACCGCUGCUGUCGACCUGGAGACAGACAACUUGAUCCAAUCUACUAUCCGCUCACAAUUUGACGACUGCACCGUUCUGACAAUAGCCCAUCGCCUUAACACCAUCAUGGACUACACAAGGGUGUUGGUGUUGGAUAAAGGAGAGAUGAUCGAGUUUGACUCGCCGUCCAAUCUCAUCGCUCUCAAGGGAGCAUUUUACAAGAUGGCCAAAGAUGCUGGACUGGUCUAAAGACAGAAGUCUUUCCAUACUUCUUCUGCAGCGUCUACGAGCAUCCCAGCUCCCCUGGCUCUCUCUGGAAGAAUUGUUUUUCUUUCAGAACGGCAGGCUAAUUAAGUAGUUGCUUGGGUUUGAAGUGAUUUUGAUGGUAGAAGGUUUUGUUUAAUAUACUUCACCAUAAUGUUUCAUAAUCAGUUAUGUGGUUUAAUUUCUGCCUGUUUCUCCCUUUUGGUUCAUUCUGCUUGGUUUCUGACCAACUCAUUUUUUUUUCUGCCAUUUAUAUGGAGGAUCAUGUUACCAACAGACCUGUCAUAAUGACACUAGCACUGCUGAGAUGAGGCUUCAGAGACCAUAUGUGCCAAAUGCUGGCUUUAUAUCAUUUAAAAUCUAGUUUUUAAGCAGCUCCAGAUGAUAUUUGAGAAGAAUACGUGGAUCUCUGUUUUGUGUUAAAACACACGCCUUACACACUGUCAAUUAUUCAAGUUUACGGCCACACACCUGCAGCUUUCACUGAGCCCCAUAUGUUUAUCAGUUAUGUUGGGCAUUCUGGAACAAUAAUUCUUUUUGUCAUUUUUUUUUUCAUCUUUUUUUGAAAAGCUCAGACUCGAGAUGAGAAUUAGUACAUGGCUCUGUGUUGCACUUAAGUUUCUGAAGAAAAGUCUUGAAACUUGUUGUUGCUGGGCUCCAGCAUGUACGACAUCCGGAGUUGUCCUUGCUGAUUAUAAGAAAGGUUUUAUUUUCCUUCAUACAAAAGUCCGCCUGUCAACAUCUAACCCUACCCAGCAGUUUCUGAAGGAAAGUCUUGAAACUUGUACUAGAGUGUCUGGAGCUGUUGCUCUGGCAGAGUGUGCAUAUGGAAGAGUGACUUUGAUUUAAAAGCUGUGGAUGUCCAGGGACCAUAAGCUAUUAAUGUUUCAAAGCAAUCUAUUCAUAUUAGCGGUCAGUUACUUGACACGAUCAAACAAAUUUAUUUUGAAGUGAACUCUGUUCAAUGGUUUUUGGCUUUUAACAGGUGUUAACUCAUUUCUGCUGUUUUUGCCCACAUGGGGCAAAUAACCCCAACUUAACAUGUUUCAAAAUAUCCUCACAGGAGUCCAAAAAAGCUUUAUGCAUGUUAAAUUAUUUUUCUUAAAGAUGUCUGUGUGUUAGGUUAGGUCUUAGUUCAACCGUGCUGUUUUGUGUGAUAUCCUGUGAUAUUGACACAGUUGAAAGAAAAUGACUUUGGCAUCAGCAACGUGUUACUUAACUUGGACUUUACAGGGGAAAGUUUUGGACAUCCCUGGCUCAGACUUGAUAGAAGAACUCUGUUCUACAUUUUUUAAUCGACUCAAUCUACCUUGUGGAACAUGUGUGUAAAAUCACACACUUGUGUGUUUUACUUCAAAAGUGAUCACAUAAGAUUUGUCUCACAUCCAGUAGAAGUGUGCUUAGUUAGCAGCUGCUUUAUUCUCCAAAAGGGAAAAUACUUGGCUUCAAUGUGAAGAAGCCAACUCUGGUACAGAUUCUCAGUCUCCUGGGAAAUGUUCAAGCACAAGAAAACUGGACUUCUCUUGUUUCUUGAAGACAAAGAUGAGAGGUGAAAUAUCUAGUUAUGCUAUUAGGUAUAUCUAAACAGCUCAGAGUAGAGAAUCAUAAAGUAAUUCAGGAUGAUAUCAGAAUGCGGAGAUAUUAUGAUGCUCACUAAUUUCCAGAUGUUAUCACACAAUUCAAGGUCUUGAGGGUACAUGCAUUCACACCCUGUGAAGAUUUUCCCUCUGCAGCCACAAAAUUGGAUGUAUUUGAGUAGAAUUUUAUGUGACACAUUUUGAAGUAAAAGGAAGGGGCCGAUGAUUGUCAAGUGUUCUAAAAAUAAGAAUGUGAAAUGUAGAGUGCAUUUGUGGUCUACUUUCCUGUGUCAGCACUUUGUCGAACCACACGUUCUUUGACCAUGUCUUGACUGCUUUUGAACAGUUACAGACUGUCACAGGGGGAGCCUGUUACUAAGCCACUGUAAAACAUACGUUUGUUGUGCCUCUUCAUGUAACUUCAUUAUCCUGCUGGAAUGUGAACCUGCACUCCAACAUCAGGUCUUCUGCUGCCUAUAACAAGAUCCAUGUCAUCAAGGCUGGCCAGCUUCACUGUUGCUGCAGAAGGAAAGCAUCCCCUCAGUCUGAUGGUGCCAUCUCUAUGUUUCACAGAGGGGACAGGAGGGCUAUUCAUGGUGAUUUGCUGUGUAAGGUUUCAAUUGCAUGUAGUGUUUCCAUAUAGGAUAAAAGUAUCAAAUACUUAUGUCCAUGACAGAGGACAUUAAUACAAUUUUAUUGAAUUGUUUACAGAUUUUAAGAUACGUUUCAUUAAUGACAAAAAGGUAACACAGGAACAAGUGAAGAACUGGUUUUCAGAGAUUUUCCAUCACUAUAAUGGAUGAUGAGAUUUUUGUAUUUUGAUUUGUAUUUAUGUUAGAAAAUAAGGAGCUUUUGAAACAGAAAAAUGGUUUUGUUAUUUCUACCAUUUUUUUCAUGGAACUUUCAGCUUUAACAUGGAUCAUUUUAAAGUUAUCUGAAAGCAUGUCAAAAAGCUUCAAGAAUACCAUAUAGGUGAAAACAAAAUUAUUUUUACCUUUACAUUGGGGUCUUCUGUUUUUUGAAGACUCCAAUGUAUCUUCUGUUACAUGUGAGCUCUGUUAUCUCAGUGAACUGGGCUAAAAUUACAGUACAAAAAGUCCUUAUUGGUCAGACACCAGUCUAACCAAUAAUCUAACAAUAUUAUUUCUCUCCCUCUCAGUCAUCAGACCACUGAGAGUGCACUUUGGUUAUUUAUGUUGAAAUCUUUUCUAUUGCUUUCCUUUUCUUUGCUUGGCAAAGUAAGUUUUUGCUUUGACGGUUCUGUAGUUUUGGUGUGAAAAACAUUUUGCUGUAUUUUGCAUAGUAAACAUCUGUGGAUUGAGUUGAUUAAUUUUUGGUCCUAUUGAAUUAUGAUUACAAAGCUCUGUAUAUGGAGAAUUUUAUUUAGGUCAGCAGUUAAUAAACAUAUAUUUCCAAGCAAUA